UUUUCCACCUCCACCACCAUAUAUCUCGCCCUCUCCCUCUCUCUCCCACUCGCCUCCUUCCUACGCUUCUUGCUGCCGCCGCCAUCGCCGCUUCGGUUCUCUCCUCUUCUCUCCGGUUUAGAUCAAUUAACAUAAAUGGCUGACGCAGAGGACAUUCAGCCCCUUGUCUGUGACAAUGGAACCGGAAUGGUCAAGGCUGGCUUUGCUGGAGAUGACGCUCCCCGUGCUGUUUUCCCAAGUAUUGUUGGGCGUCCACGCCACACCGGUGUAAUGGUUGGGAUGGGACAAAAAGAUGCUUAUGUUGGUGAUGAGGCCCAGUCCAAGAGGGGUAUCCUGACCUUGAAAUACCCUAUUGAGCAUGGAAUUGUAAGCAACUGGGAUGACAUGGAAAAAAUUUGGCACCACACGUUCUACAAUGAGCUACGUGUAGCACCAGAAGAGCAUCCAAUUCUUCUUACAGAGGCUCCACUUAACCCUAAGGCCAACAGGGAGAAGAUGACACAAAUUAUGUUUGAGACAUUCAGCGUUCCUGCCAUGUAUGUUGCUAUCCAGGCCGUGCUUUCCCUAUAUGCUAGUGGGCGUACUACUGGUAUUGUCUUGGAUUCUGGAGAUGGUGUCAGUCAUACAGUCCCAAUCUAUGAAGGUUAUGCCCUUCCGCAUGCCAUUCUCCGUCUUGAUCUUGCUGGUAGGGACCUGACUGAUUCCCUCAUGAAGAUCCUGACCGAGAGGGGUUACUCGUUCACAACCUCUGCUGAGCGGGAAAUUGUCCGUGACAUCAAGGAAAAGCUUGCGUAUGUCGCUCUUGACUACGAGCAGGAGCUUGAGACUGCGAAGAGCAGUUCAUCAGUUGAGAAGAGCUAUGAGCUGCCUGAUGGCCAGGUGAUCACCAUUGGUGCAGAGCGCUUCAGAUGCCCGGAGGUCAUGUUCCAGCCUUCCAUCAUUGGCAUGGAAGCCCCUGGCAUCCAUGAGACAACAUACAACUCCAUCAUGAAGUGUGAUGUUGAUAUCAGAAAGGAUCUGUAUGGCAACAUUGUUCUCAGUGGUGGAUCCACCAUGUUCCCUGGCAUCGCGGACCGCAUGAGCAAGGAGAUCACUGCGCUCGCGCCAAGCAGCAUGAAGAUCAAGGUUGUCGCUCCUCCAGAGAGGAAGUACAGUGUCUGGAUUGGUGGAUCCAUCCUUGCAUCUUUGAGCACUUUCCAGCAGAUGUGGAUCUCAAGGGCUGAAUAUGAAGAAUCUGGCCCAGCCAUCGUCCACAGGAAAUGCUUCUAGAUGUUGCUUUAGCUGUAUCCUUCAUGCGAACCCUUGUCUAGUAGCAUUAGCUGGUUGUUUCAUGGACAGAAAAAAUUUGUUGGUCUGAUGGCUUGUCUAUGGUUGUAUCUACUCUGAUUAGCUCCUGUUUUGUGUAUGCCAUAUAAUUAUUCCGUGAGAACGUGGGAGUCAAAGAACAUUAUGUGUGUAGUUCCAUUUCAUAAAUUGAUUGGAUUCUUGGACUUAUUUUUUUUAGAA